AUGGCAGGUCGACAGGUCAGUCCUAGCCCUAAUAUUGAUCCACCAUCCCGGUUAGGACCCAGACCGUCUCAUGAUGGGUUAGCUCAAGAUGCCUUGGUUUUCCUCUUAAAAUGGAUGUCAAGAUUUCCACAGUACAAAUACAGAGAUUUCUACCUCUCGGGAGAGAGUUAUGCUGGCCAUUAUGUACCACAGUUAGCAAAGCAAAUAUAUGAAUAUAACAAAAGAUCUUCACAUCGAAUCAUCAAUCUUAAAGGAUUCAUUGUAGGAAAUGCAGUAACAGACAACUACUAUGAUAGCAUUGGUACAGUUACAUAUUGGUGGAGCCAUUCUAUCAUAUCAGAUAGAACAUACAAUUCGAUUAUCAAAUCGUGCGAUUUCAAGUCAGAAAACUCGUCCCAGAAAUGCGAUAACGCUGUAAAUUACGGUAUGGAUCAUGAAUUUGGCAACAUUGAUCAAUACAGCAUCUACACACCAUCUUGCAAUGCAACGCAGGAUAGUACUAAGCAUUCUAUGAGGCUUAAGAACACUCUAUUACGCCCAAGAUUUUUUGGGUACGACCCGUGUACUGAGAAUUAUGCAGAGAAAUACUAUAAUCGACCAGACGUACAGAAGGCUAUGCACGCAAAUACGACAGGGAUACCAUAUAAAUGGACUGCUUGCAGUGACGUACUUAUAAGGAACUGGAAAGACUCCGAGUUUUCAAUGCUGCCUACCUACAAGAAGCUGAUUGCUGCGGGGCUCAGAAUAUGGGUUUUCAGCGGCGACACAGAUUCAGUAGUACCAGUUACUGCAACUCGAUUUUCCUUGAGCCAUCUAAAUCUCAAAGUCAAGACUCCAUGGUACCCUUGGUACUCUGCUAGUCAGGUAGGAGGGUGGACAGAGGUUUACAAUGGGCUAACAUUUGCGACAAUUAGAGGAGCAGGACAUGAAGUACCAUUGUUUCAGCCUAGGAGAGCUUUUAUUCUUUUCAAGACAUUCUUGGCCGGAAAAGAUUUGCCAAAAUCUUCAACUGUUUCAUAG